GAUGAGCUGCGGGGCCGGGCGACGGCGGCGCCUGGUUCUACACGUGGACCUCAACAACACGGUGGUGGUGGCGGACAUGGUGACGGGGCAGGCCCCGCGAGCGGCGCUCAACACCUUUCUCUGCACCGUCACCUGGGGUCGCGCCGGGGCCACCGGCGAGUGGGAGUGGGUGAGCGACUACCCGUCCCUGCGCCCCCCGUGCCCCGGCGCCCUCAGCUACUACAACCGCUACGGCCGGGACCCCGCCUUCACCGAGGCCGGCCCGGGCCGGCGCUUCCGCGAUCUCCACGCCCGCCACCUGCAGCUGCUGGAGUGGCCGGGCCGGCCGCAAGACGCCUUGUCGGUGCCAGGGGAGCCCGGCAAACACUAUCACUUGAUCCUGCCCUCCUUUUUCCGCCUCCUGGACACGCUUCACCGUGAUGGCAGGGCCUUCGCUGUUAUCUUCAGGACCUUCGGCACCGACCUGCCCCGCGCCCUGCAGGCCGUCAGGAGCGCUCUGGACGGGCAGCACCCCCAGUUCCCUGCCCUGCGGGACGUGGUGCUUCCUGUGGACCUUACCCCUGGCCAGAUACGCUGCAGCAAGCGAGAGGUAGUGCUAACACAGGGAGCAGAACGUCUGGCCACACGGGAAGACGGAAGAAAGCUUUACAACUACUUCAGCUCCUUUGAGGGAAUUGGAGGCUUCCAAGACCACUUUGACUGGUGGGCCAGAAAUCAGUUCUCUUCUCAGGGUGGGAAGCCCCUGUGGAUAGACCCCUAUGAUCCUGACAUUCACCACAUCUUCAUUGAUGACAACAUCCGGCUGGACGGUGGAGAAACCAUUGUUCACCCCCAGGUGUUCUCAGAACAGGGCAGCAGCAGUCCCAGGAGUGUGCCCACCUCAGAGCUGUACAACAUUUGCCUGGUGCAAACCAAUCUGCUGGAGGCCAUUGCUGAUGAGGACUAUUUCCUGCGCUGUGUGAGGAGGUGUGAGGAGAACUACGACCGCUACCUGGCCUGCAUGGAAAAGGACAUCCCAAGCCAGCAGUGGGAUGGAUAGUGAUACCACCUCAUGGGGCUGAGUGGCUUCAGCCUGGGACACCACCUGCUUCCUGCUGCAUGCAGGCAAAGUCCCAGGAAGGCUUCUGCUUCAAGCUGUUAUGUCUCCAAUGUGCAAUGUUGGGUGUUCAGUCCUAUCAGGAGAUUCCAUGAGCAAACACAAGUGUCCUGGGAGGUUGUGUGAUGGGAUUCUUGGAGGAAAACGUUUUCCAUUCUUUGGCAGUAUUGCCUGUGGUGCCCACUUCUGCAUGAGGGCUGGGGCUCACGGUCCCCCUGCAGUUGCCAGGCAUGUCCCUUCCACCAUACUGUGAUGCAGGCCCCCUAGCAGUGUUUGUACCUCCCUUCCUGCUCCUGCAGUGAUGGCUGGUGCAGAGCAGGUGCCAGGAUGAGUGCAGUGUUAUCAGCUACAUCCCCAGGUGGCAUUUGUGGUUCGGUGUUCUCAGCAGAUGCCUUGUCACUUCUGUCUGUUUUUAAAGCAAACCUUUUUAGCUCAUUUCUGUGUGAGUUUCCUGCCUGCCCUUGGCUCUGCCUAGGCUGGUGGGUGGGAAGUGCCUUUCCCAGCGUGUUCAUUUGCCUGGCUCAGCCAAGUGGGGACAAAAGUGUUGGUGGAGGGUUUGAGACCCAUGCGUACCUUUCCUGAUGCUUCUGAGAGACCCCAGCAAGGUCGUGCUCAGAAUAGAUCUGAGCUCAUAUUCUGUCCCUGCAGUGGUGACAGGACAGGGGUCCUCUCCAGGGUAGGACGGUGGGUUCCCGACUCCUUGAACCCGGCACUGUGUGCCUCUGGCACCGGCAGCCUGCAGCAAGGGAGGGCAGAGCCGGGGUCUCUCCAGUCACUCUCGCUGCGAUGGUUCCUUCCCGGCAAGGUGAAGGCGGCAGGGUCACGGCG